CGAAGGGACUAAGGAGAUAGCACCACGUAGAAAUUUGAAAACCCCGCGAGUACUUUUGGUGAUUUUUUUAAGUUACUAAAGCAGUGUUACCAACAUGUAGUAAAAAAUAAAACUUCUUUUUGGUGACUGCUGAAAAUGGCCGACAAGGCGGCAGCCGUUAAACCGAAGACUGGCGCAAAGCCGUCCGAAGAUGCGAAGAAGAAGAGCAAGAAACCCCGCAAUUACGACUUAGGUAACGGGAUCUACAGGUUCUCGAAGACGCGCAUGUACCACAAGAAGGCGAAGUACUUGUUCAAAGGCAAGAAGACGACGCACCCGAAGAAACCGCGCAAGCCCCUCACCAUCGAGAAGACAAUCGGUGGCGAGAAGAACGGCGGUAAACGUAUAGUUUUGUUACGUAAACGUCGGAAUUACUACGCGACGCAAGAUAAGGUGAAGAAGCCCCACGCGAAGAAGUUGUUCAAGAACCACCCGAGGUACAUUCGAAGCACGUUGACCCCCGGAACUGUUCUGAUUCUUCUAGCCGGCGUGCACAAGGGAAAGCGUGUCGUGCUUCUCAAGCACUUGGCCAGCGGACUGUUGCUGGUAACCGGGCCGUUUGUCGUUAACGGGUGCCCCAUGCGUCGCGUACAUCAGAGUUACGUUAUCGCGACCGAAACCAAGCUGGAUGUCAGCGGGGUUAAGAGUUGCGAGCAGAUUGACGACCAGUACUUCCGUCGCGAACGUAAGAAACGCGCCAAGAAGGAGGAGGGUGAUAUUUUCUCCACGAAAAAGGAGACCUACAAAGUGAACGAUCAAAAGAAAGUGGACCAGAAGGCGUGUGACAAAGAGCUGAUCCAGGUCAUUAGGAAACACAAAGACGGCAAAUUGCUAUUCACCUACCUCUCCACCAUGUUUGGACUACGCUCGUCGCAGUACCCUCACAGAAUGAGGUUUUAGCCGCUAUUGAUUUAUUUGUAUAAGUUUGAUCAAUAAAUUCGUCGAGAUCC